AUAUAUUGUUUUUUUGUGGUUUUAGAGUUCUGGCGGGAAUGUUGUCAGCUUAUUAUGCUGCAUUGUCUGUCCGAAAUGAGUCUUUGAAACGUAACUAUGCAUUAUUAUGAGAUUAUUAUAAUUAUAUCGUAGUGAGCAUUAUAAUUAUAUAUCGCAUUAUAUUUCAGUGUGUUGUCACAUUAAAAGGCUAUUUCCGCAUUUUUAUAUUUAAAUUUUAGGUAUAGUUGCAGGAAAAGGAUAUGUAAUUUUUCCAAAACAGCCAUCAUGACAAAACGUAAGAAUACUUUUGAAGAGAUUCCAUUUCUUACCAAAAUGCACAUUGGUGUAAAAGAAGUAAAUCUAGGAGUAAAUGCUAAGGAAAAUAUGAAACAUGUAUAUGAUAAAACACAGAAGCUUCUGUUCUUAGGAGCAUCCAGAUUACAUUAUAAUGGAAUUAUUAAUCAGCGUUUAUCAGAAAAUAAUACUUGUUCCUCACAGAAUCUUACAGCCUCUGGUUUGAAAAAAGAAGGUAUUUCAUGUCAUAAGUAUUGCUUAUCAAAUAUAAAGGCCUCAUGCUAUUUUUGUGAACAGUCAAUCUGUUCUGCAUGCUCAAGAGUUUGUCAAGUUUGCAAGCACGAAUUUUGUCAGUUAUGCUCUCUUUUAAAGUAUGAUACUCAAGAUGAAACAGCAAUGUGUUUAUCAUGUUUGUAAAUUGAUAUAAUUUGUAAAACUUUAUACAGCUCUU